AUUCGGUCGCUCGAUCGAACAUUACAGAAAAACAUCGAUAAAAACAUUCAUUUUGAGAAAAUGCUGGAUUUAAUACGUAAUGAACAAUAUGAAUUGAAUUCGACAAACAAACGACUGACACAGGAGGCCAAUGAAUUACGAAAGCAAGUCACUUUGUUUGAAAACAAAAAUCAAGAAAAUAAUACCCAAACAAAAGGAAACUUGAUGUUGAUUAAUUCACCAAAUGCCAACGCAACGACACAUACACAAAAUCAACUCGAUUCAAAAUUAACAAUGAGAAGAGUUGCAUCAAUUGACACACCGAUUAAGUCACGCGAUGAAAAUGCGACAGAAACUGAUAAUGAAGGUGAAGAGGUGAUAAAAUGCCGUUGCCACCUUGGAACUGAACCGAUUUCCAAUGUAAAACAAACAACGCAACCGUUCAAUGACAGAGAUGGUUUACCGAAAAAAUCGGUUGUCGUGACGAAAACGAUACAACCAAUGCAAAAUACUGAAUGCGUUUCCACCCAACAUAAAUUUCCAAUAAAUAGUUGUGGUACACGUGAUGUUUCACCCGUAAAACGAAAAAUGUCGCAACUGAUACUUCAAUAAAACACACUAUUACCGCAUCCGUUGGUGAAAAAUCGAAGUUAAUUAGAGCCGUUCGAAGUAAAAGUGAAGCGUCGCCCAAAACCAAAUCAGUUGUAGAAAAAAUGCAAAAUACCGUGACAUCAAGUUUAAAACAGAAAAACGGAAAAUGUCAUUCCGUUAAACAAACAAAUAACAGAAAUACGACGGGCACAAAGGGAGCAGUUGUGUCAACAGAAACUGAAUAUAUUUCAAAAACGACUAACCCCAAAACUCGAGUCAUCACAACAUCCAAAAUGAAACCAUUGGCCACACGUCAAUCUCACAAGUUCACAACAGAUCCACGAAAUGAUGUGAAAAUGCGGUCAGCACGACGAACUCAAAAUCAGCUCGAAGAUGCAUGCAAUCAAUGCACUAAAACCAGUACGAAAUCAACAAAAACAACAAACACCGUGAAUGUCCGAACAAGAAAAAACAUCCAACCAAAUAUUUCAAUUAGAGUUGUUCACCAGAAUGAAAAAUCUUAUUGGCAAAGUUUUGCGGGCACGAGUAA